UCAUGCUUCAAAUUUUAAGAUAGGGAAAAUAACAAAUAGUCAUGAAAUAUAAAAUGUCAUAAAUAAUAAUGAAUUGACAACAUAAUUAGAAACUAAUUAUGUUGGUUAUUUGGCUGUAACUACAAUUACACGAAUGUAGAGUGUGAUUAUUUGGUACUUCGAUAAGAUCUGGCAUUAAUUUUAGUCAUAUGAUUCAUACAUGUCAAGAAAUACCCUCUAUAAAGUAGUGCAAAAAUCCCACAAUUACCAUUUCGUGUGUAAUUUUUACAAAUAUUAGUCUUGGUUUCAAGUUUGUGAUAUGUAACCAUCAGCAUAAUUUUAUUUUGUGAUUUUUGCAAUGAUGAGAUCUGGAAAUAAAAACACUUUAUUGAAAGUGGUUAUCUUGGGAGAUGGGGGUGUUGGAAAGAGUUGUUUGAUGAAUAGAUUUGUUUCUAAUCAGUUUGAUGAACAUUCCUUUCAUACAAUCGGAGUAGAAUUUUUAAAUAGAGAUAUUGAUAUUGAUGGUGAUACUUAUACAUUGCAGAUUUGGGACACUGCUGGCCAAGAACGUUUCAAGACUCUCAGAACGCCAUUCUAUAGAGGUAGUGAUAUAUGUAUGUUAACGUAUGCUGUUGACGAUAAAUCAAGCUUUAAAAAUAUACAAAUGUGGAAAAAUGAAUUUUCACUUUAUUCUGACAUUAAGGAAAAUGCUCCAUUUCCUUUUAUAGUUAUAGGUAACAAGUGUGAUGUAUCUGCGGAAGAGCGUGAAGUUUCUCAAUUAGAAAUGGAAACUUGGUGUAAUGAAAACUCUAUAACAUCGUGUAUCGAAACAUCUGCGAAAAAUGCGAGUAAUGUACAGGAAGCUUUUAAAAUGGCUGUUAAAUAUUGGUUGAAACUCGAAUCUAGAGCGAAUAAGGAUGAACCUAUUGUAAAUGAUACAGUUGAUUUGACAAAAAAACAGUCAGAUAGCAGAACUUCCUGUUGUUUGGGAAGUGGAGAUGAGUGAAGUAUAUCUUGAUAUUAUAAAAGUUCUCUUAUCUUUCUUUUGUAUUUCUAAGAAUAACUCAUUUGAUGAAAGGCAUUGCUUUUAGGCAACUUAUUUUAUGUAGUCAGUGAUAUUUUUACCUAAAACAACACAUUGGGUCUUUGUGAGUCACUCUCAUACCUUCAAUUUAUGUAAAUAGUCAUAGGUGUCUUUAUUGAACGAACUUGACCCCGAAUAAAAUAUCGAGAUAAUUUUAUGUUGGAUGCAUUUAACAUCUUGAUUGAAAUUUAUAAAAAAUACAACAUAUCAAUAAAUAAACUUCAUCAGAAAGUAAUAAUUUUGUGAAUAUAUAUUCUCUGAAAAUAGUGAUUCAUUCGUUAUAUUUCAGAUUAUUUCCAUGUGAUUUUAUCACAACUGGAUAUUAAUUUUCAAUAAAAGGACAUGUUUGUGAAUUUCGCAGACAGAAAAAAUAACCUAUUUUUCACAAACGUAACCCAAUAAUUUGGGUGAAAAACUUAAAUGUCUCAGUUGCACCCGUGUCACAUUGUUUUGGUAGAUAAUUCAAAGAAUAGCAGUAACUAGGACGUUGCACCAGUUUGAAGUAUUUAAUUUUCUAUGGUUUUCAGGUUGUUUUCGGUGAAUGUGUUAUACACAUUUAUAAUAAUAUAACACAAUUUUCUAUAUAGCAAUUAUACAUUGAUAUACUCAAAGGAGGAGGGAGGCAAGUCAUAUUUUAUUGCAACUCCCAAUAUAGUGACUCAGAUCGUUUUUGUGGUAGCCAUCUGUUUCAAUUUCGAGACUAAAUGAGCUAGUUAAAUGUUAAUGGAUAUGAAUCUUCAGAGCCAGUUGUGGCUGUUGGUGCUGGAAAAUUUGGUGGUUGUUUGAUAAUACCUGUACAAAAUCGGGGCACUUGAAUUACUUCAUAGUUAUCGCCACUUUCACUGCUACUUUCGUAAGACAUCAGGAGAUUGUAGGUAAACUCAAAAAAAAGUCCUGAUAUCUAUUUGAUACUGAUAGUAAUUUCACGUCAUGAGUAUAUGAGGUUUACUAAGUUUGAACAUACUAUCAUCAAAACACAAUGUGGUAAAUAGAAAUUCGGACAAGCCUUGUUAGCUGCCAAUUGAAAAUGUGAAUUGAAGUUGUAAUUCACUGGUCCCCCCUUUGCAAUAACAAAUUGGAAAUCUGAUGUUCAAGUCUAGAGUCAUCUGAUGUUUACAAAUGCAAGUGAUAAUUCGGAAUGGUAAAAUAGUUUCAAGAUUUCACUACAGAAAGCUCUAAUCUUGGCACAAUAGUCAUUCUAAAACUAAAUUGAUGUCUCAGCAUGUGAAAUAGUAUACUGUAAUUUUUUACACUUCCUAGGAACUGUCAAACUUGUUUAUUCCUUCCAAGUCUCUGGAAAAACUGCAGCCUCAAGGGCUUAUUGCGUUUUUCCUCCGUGUUUUUCAUGACACCCAUUCUAAGAAUCUUGAUUCCUAAACUAGUGUACAGGUCUCUUGCUGGGCAUAUGUCAUAUUUUUUUAAAUAUAAUUUGGGUUGUCCAUAAAUUGUUUGCCUCUUGUGAUCGAAAGCCUCACAUUUGUAUAAAAUAUGAUGAGCUGUCUCUGUUGAAUAGCCCUAUUUUAUUCAGGUGUCCUCUCAAUGGACAGUAUCUAGUUAUUGUUCUGAGCCGAUCCCAGAUUUGUUGAAUCAGUUCUUUGGUUCUCUUCUUGAAGGGUCCCUUUAUAAAGGAUUUCACGGUUGUUUUCCCAGAUGUGUUUUUCCAGUUCUCUUUUUAUCUUUUGUAGAUCAUUUCCUAAUUUGGUUCCUUACCAAACUUCAAUUUUUUUAAAAUAUCUGCCUCAACUCCCCUUCACUCGCUGGGUAUGCCUAAGAGAUUUCGGAUUAGUCUUCAGACCGUUUGUGGUGAACUUUAUUUCAUACAUUUGCAUUUAAUGUUUUUCCAUUUUCACAUAAUAACACAUUUUAGCUCGGUUUAUAUAUCGGUUUUAUUUAUUUUUCUGUUGUUUUAAGAUUGAGGGGAGGAUACACAUAGACCAGUACUGAUUUCUCGAACAGAGACCUAGUUGAUACCUACUACUUAAGUAGUUUGUGAUGAACUAACAAUAUUUUGCCAGUACCAUGUAGGAUGUAAGUUUUUUAUCUUUAAGAAGCAUUUUUUUUUAAUUUGAUAUCGGUUGUGGCAUUUAAACAGUAUUUGAAUGUGGAAGUAUAAAUCAAGUUAUUUUUGAAUACCUAUUUUGAAUAUCUCUGACAUCCUAAACAACUCGAAUGAAUAAAAUUCAUAAAUGUAGGCCUCUUGAAUGAACAAAUGAUUUAUACAUACAGUGUUUUAGUGAAUGUAGAAAUAUUUUAACAUUAUCAAAUAGAUUUCACUAAAAUUCAUUCUUUUUUUUGGAUUUCAUUUUUUGAUUUUUCCUACUUUUGAAAAUGUUGAACAGAACACAGUAUUUUUAAAUAUAUGUAAUAUUCAAUAAAAAUAAUAGCUAUUAAGUCAUUUUGUUUUUAUAUUUCCAAAUACAGUAUUGAUCUUUAUUGCCAAAAAGUUGCGUUGUUAGUUUGCAUUGUGAUUGUUAGACAUAUUAGUUGUAUAUCUUUAGAUGAUAAGUUUACUGUUUCGACAUGGAUUACUGUUUUUUUUUUAAGAUUGAUCUGUUGUUGGUGCUGAAUUAAAAUUAUAAGAAGUCUACUUUUGCCAACAGAAAAUAAAAUCGAACAAAUAAAGUUUUAUAUGAUAAUGAAAUGUGAGGUUUCAAUCGAACAGUAAUGUCACAAUUUAGUCGCAAGUCAGUGCAUUUAUUAUUAUUAGUGUCUUGAUAGAGAGAGAAAAAAUCAUUUCUAUCUGUAAGUCUAGUUGUGAAAGAAAGAAUUUGAAAUCACAAAACUGAUUCAGUAUUUUUCAAGCUACUUCAAACAAGUGUUAUAUUAACCAUUUUGGAUAUUAUAUUUCUACAAAUUUCCCUGUAAUAAAAAUUAGUCUUGAAUAGAGAUGGUUGAAAACGUUUGUCAGUUUUUCAUAAUCUUCCUUAUUUUUAGAUAUUUUAGAAAUGAAAGUUUCAAUUUAGUAUCAGUUAUUAUCUGUAUAAGUUUACCAAAUUUCUUCCUUAUUUUGAUAGCGGAAUCAUCUGAUUUCUCAUAAAUAUUCUCUCCUUUUUAGCUUCAUGUUUGAUUUAUAAUAGAAUUAAUAACGAUUUUUGAACUAUAUUUGUAAAAUGAUUGUUUUUUUUUUCUUCUGAUCUUUGUCUUCAAGCUUCUUCUGUCAGACAAAUAUAAAUGAAAAAUUUUCAGCUCUGUGGCUUUUGUACUAUAUUGUGCUUGAUAGUUGAUAAAUCUAGGAGGCCAUAACACCACACAUCGGAUUGUACAUCUUCUGGCGAACUUUAUAAAUAUAUUGCAUCAGUGUCUUAUUUUUAAAAAAUAUACCAUUCAAAAACCU